UUCCUGAGGACAGAGGAGCAUGUGUCUGUUUCAAAGAGGAAGAGAGAGGAAAAAAACCCACAGGGAAUACAAUGUGUGACAGUCACAGCCCUACACAGCGCUAGAGACAGAGCAAGAGCACUGAGAGCAUCCUGAUAAGACACCAGCCUAAGUGGUGCAAAAUAUUUAUCAACACCGGCAGAAGCUGACUGAAGAGGUGGCAUCCUCUCCUCUCACCUGGGCCUUGGAGAACACCACAGAACACCUGUUCACUCACUUCUGAGCUUCUCCAGGAUCUAUUGAUAGGGAUUCCUCUCUUAGGACACAAACUGGAUGCUAACACAGUGGAGCUGGAUGCUGACAGCAUUAACUUGUCCACCUGACAAGUAAUGUAGGCUGUGAUGUAGACCACCUGAGGAGAACAGAGGAUUGCACUUCGUUCUGUGGGUGAAGAAAUACCACAAUGUUCUGGAACCUGCAGAAAUACAUCUGAAAAUCGGAGGGAAAAAUAUUCGGCCAUGGGGGAUCCUGACUUGGUGUCCGAACUUUGAACUAUGGAAAAAGCUAGGUCAGGUCUUAUGCUGGGUCUCCUGACCAAUCAAACAACUCCAAAUGACACAUCUAGCCAAUGGGGGCCCACCAAGCCCACUCCACCGAGUAUGGAGGAGGUUAUCCACUCUGAGUCCCAGAUUAAAGAUCUGGUGGGGUUAUUCUGCAUGGUGACCCUUAACCUUGCGGCCCUGUUGGGCAACACAGGAGUUAUGGUGGCCAUUGCCCGAGCUCCACAUAUGAAAAGAUAUGCAUUUGUGUGUCAUCUUUGUGCAGUGGAUCUACUUUGUGCAAUAUUACUGAUGCCUCUUGGGAUAAUAUCAAGUUCACCCUUCUUCAGUACGGUGGCGUUUACGGUUCUGGAGUGUCAGGUCUACAUCUUUCUCAACGUGUUCCUCAUCUGCGCCUCUAUUCUCACUGUAACAGCCAUUAGCGUGGAGCGCUACUAUUACAUUGUCCACCCCAUGCGCUACGAGGUGAAGAUGACUAUCCACCUGGCUGUUGGGGUCAUGGUGUUCAUUUGGGUGAAAUCCAUCCUUUUAGCUCUCGUUACCUUGCUUGGUUGGCCAGCAUACGGCAACCAAAGCUCCAUUGCGGCUGCCCAUUGUUCUCUGCACUGGAGCCACAGUCGUCUCAGGAAAGUCUUCGCUGUCCUCUUCAGCGUGGUGUGCUUCCUGCUUCCUGCCAUCGUGAUUUUCUCUGUCUACUGUAACGUCUACAAAGUGGCACGGACGGCUGCCCUUCAGCACGUUCCCGUACCCACCUGGGCUGCUAAUCAAGCCAAGUGUCGCUCGGACUCCAUCAACAGCCAGACCACCAUCAUCACCACCACCCGCAGCCUGCCUCAGAGGCUGUCCCCAGAGAGAGUGUUUGGGGGUGGCAAAGCUGCCCUGACGCUCGUGGUCAUCGUAGGCCAGUUCCUGCUGUGCUGGCUGCCGUACUUCAGCUUCCACCUCCACAUGUCCAUCACAGCUCCUGUCCAAAGUCCAGGAGACAUCGAGGAGGCCGUAACCUGGCUGGCAUACUCCUCCUUCGCAGUCAACCCGUUCUUCUAUGGCCUGCUCAACAGGCAGAUCCGAGAGGAGCUCAUAAAGCUGAGGAGGUGCUGUGCUCCCAGCAGGCCCGUGGAACUCGGAGUCUCCAGCCAUGAAGGGUCCAUCCAGGAGAACUUCUUGCAGUUCCUGCAGAGGACCAACAGCACGGCUGAGACCACAAGGUCCAGUUGUGUCAACUCCAGUCCUAGGAACACUCUUGACCAUGGGGUCCGGAUACCUGGACAGAUACCUGAGGAGUAAUAAAUUGUAGAUUUUUUUAUUGUUGGAUCAAAAACUGGGACUUUGUUGGAUGUUGUUUUGUGUUUCAUUCCGAAAUGUAUAAAAUGUGAACUGUAGGGUGAAUGUACAUUCAAAAGCUAAGCCAUAUUAAUACUGAUGGACUUACCAAUCUAUCAAAAUAUGAUGUACCAUGGACGACUGAUAACAGUUACGCACAAUAAGAGAGAAUAAGGAUGUCUUUUUUCAUUUUUAAUAUAAUAUCUAAUGACAAAAAUAGAAUGUGAUCUGAAAAAAAUGUGUUGAUACUGUAACCAUCACUAUUACUACAAUAAUUAAACCUUCAGUAUUCAGUGUAAC